AUGCCGCUCGGCCAGUACGGUUGCGGCCUGGCACAAGUGGGUGCCGGGCAGUGGGAGGGCAACGCCGUCUGGGCUUUGCGAGACAAGAGCAGAUUGAGUGUUGAAGCGACCACGGUCCAAGGGGCGGUACGGGAGAUAAUCUGUUACUUAGAGGAUACAGGACAUCCAAAUCAGGUCAUCUACUUUGAUGGAUGGCAUGGACUUGGUGCAUCUGCAGUCCUUGCAUCUAUAGCUGAAGAACCUCCGCUGUCUUUAAGAAGCAGAUUCGAUCUGAUUAUCCACAUUGACUGUUUUAAAUGGAAAAAUCGCAGACAACUCCAGAGGACAAUUGCACAGAAACUAAAUCUUCCGCAGCAAGUGAUGUCCAUCUUUGAAAGACAGGAUGAGGAUGAUGAUUUUGGUGGGGUGGAUGAAGGCUCUCGGGGUGAGAUAAGAGAAGUCAGGAGAGAGAUCCACCGAGCCCUUCAGGGGAAGUCAUAUUUUGUGGUCUUCCAUAACAGGACCGACACAAUGGUUGACUUUUAUGAUUUUGGCAUUCCUCCAGCUCCUGCUGAGUAUCCCUGGUCAAACAUUGUUGGGACAGUCUUGUGGACCUUCCGUGGAAGGCUCCGGAGCAUCACCUCAUCAAUGGAACAAGAGGCCACCCCUUAUCGUUAUGUCUAUGAGAAAAUAGAGAGACAGUUUAGGUAUCUUUAUUCAAGCAAGUACAGCAAUAGCAUCCUGCUUGACGAAGCUGCAGAAAUAAUUGGAUACACAAAGAACAAGGUAGACUUCGCCACCUCAGAAAUACUGCAUGUUUUUGGUAUCUUUUGUCCCUUUGUUCAUGGUUACUUCAUAGACUUUAACUGGGCUACUCAUGCCUCGAACUAUUGGGUUUGCGACGGGAUUAUACAAAGACAACAGCAAGUUGAAGCAUGGAACAUUGCUACUGCUCUCCGUGAAGAGAUACGCCUGGAGGACUACUCAUGGUAUGAUUUCCAGCGGCUGGUCACACUUCAUCCCCGUUGGAAGGUCCUCAGCAGCCCAAGCGCAUACACAGACUACUUGGAUCAGACAACAACAUCAUUCUUUUGUUCAGACAGAAGAGGAGAUGAGCAUCAGAGGGCAUCUUUGCCCGAUAAAAUGUUCCAAAGAGCCGACAACCUCCACGUGUUGAAACUCUGCCACUGCACCUUUAACUUUUCUUUGCCUCCUUUUCUUUGUUGCAAAAACCUCAGGUUCCUUGGAUUAGAUAGCUGCAAGGAUCAACCACAAAGAGUAGAAGAAAUCAAUCAACAAGAAGAUGAAGAAGAGCAUGACUAUUGUAGACAGACAACAGAAUUCUUUCAAAGCCUAUGGGUGCUCGACAUAUCUUGUACCGAUUGGGAACUGAGUUUAUCCCCAAAUACCCAAGAGAAAACAGCAACAAGCAUCAGGGAGAUCAAUAUAAAGAGAGGAAGAAUCUGGCACAAAAGCCAUGCAUGGACAUGGAGACAUCUACACAACAUUCACAAGCUGAGAGUCAUUGAGCCUACGUGCCCUUGGGAGACAGGCAACAUGGAUGAAUUAUCAGAUAUGGUGAAGCUGGAGCUCCUAGACUUGACAGGGAAUAGCACAAUACAAGUUUUGCCGAGCUUGUCAGGAGCAAUUGGGCUCAAGACACUGGUUCUAGAUGGUUGCGUUGGGAUGGAACAUGUUGGCCCCCAAUCAUUUCCUCCAUGUCUUGAAACAUUUAGCUUUGAUGCAGGGGAAGGACAGGGCCACGACAAGGAAGCUAAAAUCUCCCGUAUCUCCAUGGCUGGUUGUGUAAGACUGGUAAAAUUCAGAUUGGGUGGAUAUCUCCCAAACCUUGAGGAGCUGGACCUCUCUAGCACAUCGCUGAAAGCACUGGACCUCAAAGAUGAGUUGGUGCAGGCCCCAUGUCUACAACAGGUCAUUCUGUUGGGAUGCCAGCAGCUCCGGGCAGUUCUUUGGCCCAAAAGGGAGCAGCCAAACUCAGAAUCCUAA